AUGACUCAGCAGGUCCGAGGCCCGGAAGACGGAAGCACCAUUAGUCCGAAGACGCGCCUGAGGCCCUUCGCAGAUGCGCGGAACUUUUGCCUGCGAAGGCCAGACGAAUCGCAGGACCAGCUUCUGUUCAAAGAGCCCCCAAGGGCCACCACCAAGGCAUUGACCCUCGCUUUCAAUCUUCGCUCGUUGCCGAUCACCUCCAUUGCCUGCGCCAAACAAGACUCGCGGUCACCCUCUGGGUUCUGGUGCUUUGCCUGUUGCAGUCGCAUCCUCUUUCAUCGACACACCGGCUUCCGACAUCUCUGA